UCUUAGAAUGUUUCAUUUCGUAGCUCUCUACAUACACUAUUUGCUCCAUUAUUAAAAAAACACAUACAUUAUUUGCACAAGUUUUCCAUGGGAAAAUCAGAUUGGUCUUAGCCGCUGUGGUGCAAACCUGAAACUAUGCAAGGCAGGUCCACGCCUCCACUAGAGCCAUUUCAGCUGCGCUGCUGAUUGCUGAAGCAGUGAAGCUGACCUAUGCACACCGGUUUGCCUCGUAUUCUCUCUUAUCGGAUCCGGUUCACCCCCGCCCGUUAACCCGAAAUCACCCGAAUAUAUAGCGAACUUUCCGUGACACAGUGGAGUUAACCACCACUCCGCUAACCAACCUCACGAGCUGAGCUUAAUUGAUGCGCCAUCGCCGCCGGCAAUGGCCGCCGCCGCAGUGAAGUCGCCGGAGCCGCCGUUCGCGUUCCGCCCCGCCCGUCCCCCGCUCCCGCCGCUGCUGGACGACGAGGAGGAUGGCGAGUUCGAGUUCAGCGUCCCCGCGGCCGCCGCCGUGCUGUCCGCCGCCGACGAGCUGUUCUCCGGCGGGAGGCUCGUGCCGAUGCUCCCCCCGCCACCGCGGCGUCCCCCUUCUUCUUCUUCCCCGCCGUGCUCGCCCCCGCCGUGCCUGGAGGUUCCCCCCUCCGAGCCGGCGUCCCCUCGCGCCCCGCGGUGUGGUGGGCAUCGGUGGCGCGAUCUGCUCACGCUCGUGUCGAAGAGGACGAGCGACGGCGAGGCGAAGGAUCGGGUGGUGGGUGGGAGUCCGAGGCGGCGGGAGGCGCACGCCCAGCCGCUCCUCUCGCGGGCCUCGUCGUCUUCCUCGUCGGCCUCGUCGUGCGACUCCGGGAUCAGGAACGCGCGGCGGCCCGCGACAGCGCUCCGGCGGGUGGCGAGCCUCCUCCACCUCAUGUCCAAGAAGCCCGCCGCCGUGGACGCGCCGCCGAAGCGGCGAGACCAUCAUCACCAGCGGUUCCUGGCCCGCGCCUCCUCGUCGUCGUCGUCCUCGGCCUCCUCCUCCUCCGACUCCGGGAGGAACUCCCGCACGCCGUGGCACCCGCCCGGCCCCGCGCGGCCGCGGCCGGCGGUGGCCGCCGAGAGCCCGCGGGUGAGCGCGUCCGGGCGCGUGGUGUUCCGCGGCCUGGAGCGGUGCUCGAGCUCGCCGGCGACGGCGGGCAUCGGCCCGCGGCGGCCGCGGCCGAGAGGCAUGGAGCGGUCGUUCUCGGCCAAUGUGCGCGUGGAUCCGGUGAUCAACGUGUUCGGAUUCGGGCAUCUGUUCCUGCCAUCUUCGCCGGCCAAGGAGAAGAAGGCCGACAAGGACAGGGACAUCGCCGGCGGCGGCGGCGGCGGCGGCCGGAGGAACAGGCCGGCGAAGCUGGCCAUGGUGCUGAGAGAUCCGCAAGAUUAGGUGGUGGCCAUGCUGGAAAUAAUGCAUGAUAUUCUUCCAGUCUUUGGAUUUUUUUUGUAACUUCUUGCUGCUGCUUGAUCUAAUUCUUCUUUGUCUUUCAGUUGUUGUACACUUGCACUGUAAUAUACUCUAGAUUUAGAACAACAAUUUGCAAAAUUUCAGAGACACUUUUGGUGAAUCUGAAUUCACUGUCAGCUGUAACUCUGAUUAUAAAUGCCUAUGUAAAGAAAGGAACUUGAUGAACAUAAAACAUUCGGUAGUA